GUUUGGGGUAGGUGUGGAAUUUUAUCGACCCUGGCUGCCACCCAGGUCGUUCGUCUCCCUAGUCUAAACUUCUGUACCAAACACUUCCCUGUCCUCUUAACUCAAAAUAAAUAGGAAGCGGGAAGGAGAGGAGGGAAGAAGUGAAAGAAAAAGAGUAAAGAAAUGGUGGCUUUCUCAGGCGCCGAGGAAGUUUCAGGCGAGAGUACUUAUAACCGAACAACAGAUUUGAAGGAAUUCGAUGAAACUAAAGCUGGCGUGAAAGGACUCGUAGACUCCGGGGUGGUGAAGGUACCUCGUAUCUUCUUCAACCCCUCUGAUGUCCACCUCCCUCUCCAUGAAGCAGAGUCCAUCCAGAGUCAGUCUCACGCUCAGACCCAACUGAGUUUUCCGAUCAUAGACCUUCAGGAAUGCAUCACUGACACGAAAGACUCGAGUCGAAGGAAGGAACUGAUCGACCAGGUCCGGAAGGCGUCGGAGACUUGGGGUUUCUUCCAGGUGGUGAAUCAUGGGAUCCCUACGAGUGUAUUGGAGGAGAUGCUGCAAGGCGUUCGAAGGUUCUUCGAACAAGACAUUGAAUUGAAGAAACCGCUAUAUUCACGGGAUACAACUGGCAAGAGGGUUUUACACAGCAGCAAUUUCUCUCUCUACGUCUCUCCUUCUGCCAAUUGGAGGGACUCCUUGUACUGCCUCAUGUCUCCUCCCCCUUUCAAUCCUGAUGAAUUGCCUUCAGUUUGCAGAGAUAUACUGUUGGAGUACAACAAGGAAGUGAUUCGAAUGGGGAAUGUUUUGUUUGAGUUACUGUCGGAGUCAUUGGGACUAAACUUCAAACACUUGACAGACAUGGGUUGCGCCGAGGGUAAUGCCCUUAUGUGUCACUACUACCCUGCAUGCCCUGAGCCAGAACUGACCAUUGGCACUAGCAAACAUGCCGACUAUGAUUUCCUCACUGUCCUCCUUCAAGAUCAGAUCGGUGGCCUCCAAGUUCUUCAUCAGAACCAAUGGGUAGAUGUUCCCCCCACCCCUGGAGCUCUUAUUGUCAACAUUGGGGAUCUUCUCCAGCUUAUAUCCAAUGGUAGGCUUAAGAGUGUUGAACAUCGAGUACUGGCAAAUAAAAUAGGGCCAAGAGUAUCAGUGGCAUGCUUCUUUAGUACCAGCUAUCUACCAUCUACAAGGAUCUAUGGGCCGAUCAAGGAGUUAUUAUCAGAGCACACUCCUCCCAUCUACAGAGAAACCACAGUCAAAGAAUUUACCACAUAUGUCCACUCAAAGGGACUCAAUGGGAUCUCAGCGUUGGAACAUUUCAAGCUGUGAAUUUCAACUUCACAUAUAGAAAAUAUUGAUCGCUAAGUACUGGGUUGGUCUUUGCCUAAGUAUUUGUUUGCUUUGAAACUUUGUAGACUUGUUUUCUCUCUUUUGAUCUGAAUGGGUAUAAUGCAACUUAUAAUUAUGUUAAUGAUAAAUAAAGGGUUUUGUUCAAUUUCCUUUGAGAUAAAAA